UUGAGCAUGGACUGGAAACUGUGUAUUAUAUGUCAGAGAUCCACUAAAGAAGCUCUUCAAUGCUCGGCAAGAUCUAAACGUAAAGAUGCUGGGGCUGGCUAUUUUUCGUUUAUUCGCAGUGCUUUAGGAUAUAAGGCUGAAUUGGGAAUGAAGUGACCCAAAUUGACAUAGAAAGCCCGGGGAUAGAACAGACCUUGACAAUUCACAAUGCAUCUUGGCAUAAGUCAUGCAGAGAUCUAUAUAAUAAUACGAAGCUUGAACGUGCAAAGAAAAGAAAAUUAGCUAAAACUGACAAAGACGAAGAUAGACCCGAUGAAGAACCUUCCAGCUCAAGUCCUGUCAAGUCCAGGCGAUCAUCGAUUUUGACCAGUCCUGUGGUUGCUCAAAACCUUCAAUGUUUUUUCUGUGACAAGCAAGAUAGCCCUGAUAACUUACAUUGUGCUUCGACCUUAGAG